AGUGGUGACCGGUGCGGCGCCCGGGUCGGUCGGUCUGCCACGCGAUGCUCCGCCGCUGGGCCGCACCGCUGCUGGCAGUCGUGUUGGUACUGCUGGCUCGGCCGGCGCUCGGCUCGCCCGGCGACCGGGCGCACGUCUUUCAGUCGUGUCUGGCCAAGUGUGUCAAAAUCAACUGUACCCAGUCGGAAGGCCUGGCAAGGGGACUGCUCUGGACAUGUCCCGACAAUUGUAAAUACCAGUGUAUGUGGACCACGGUCGACGCCUUUGUGGAAAAUGGAAUCGACGUUCCGCAAUUUUAUGGCAAGUGGCCGUUUGUGCGGUGGCUGAGCAUGCAGGAGCCGGCCAGUGCCCUGUUCUCCAUACUGAACCUGCUGGGCCACGUGCUGAUGCUGCGCCGCUUCACGUCUCUGGUGCCGCGCCAGGCGCCGCUCUACUGGCUCUGGGUCACCUACAGCCUGGUGUGCAUCAACGCGUGGUUCUGGUCGGGCGUCUUCCAUGCCAAGGACAGCAAGAUCACAGAGAAGCUGGACUAUUUCUGCGCCUUCUCUAUGGUGCUGUUCUCGUUCUACUCGGCCUGCAUUCGGUUUUCGGGUCCGCAGCUAUCCUGCACCACAAUAUCAGUGACGGUUCUCUGCAUUGGCUUCAUGGCCUACCACAUCAUGUACCUGCUGCUGGUCAAGUUCGACUACGGAUACAACAUGAAGGCCAACAUCAUUGUUGGCGCGGUGGACGUGGUGAUAUGGCUGGUGUGGUGCGCCCAGCAGCGGUCGCGCUGCACCUACGUGUGGAAGUGCGCGCUGACGGUGAUCCUGGUAUCGGUGACGAUACUGCUGGAGACGGCCGACUUCCCGCCGCUGGGCUGGGUGCUGGACGCACACGCCUUCUGGCACCUGAGCACCUUCCCCCUGCCGCUGCUCUGGUACAGCUUCCUCAUCGACGACUGCCAGUACCUGCUGAGUCAGAAGAAACUCAAGAAGGCCGUAUGAUAUUCGGUGUACUUUAUCCGGCCAAAAGUACAUCCGAUGAGAGAACAGCCGGCCCCUCGUGGGUUCACAGCCAGCGUGCAGUUGCCGCCGCCGCCGCCAGGCGGCAGUGCGGUGCCGAGUCUGCCAGCCAAGCCUUGGUUCAGCUCGGUGAGCGGCUGUGCGCUGACGCCGGGCCGGACUGGGUCGGACUGGAUCCUGAACCACACCGUCAUCAGUAUGCCGUCAGAGUGCGGCGCCAGAUGACCGGUGUCCCAGCAUUCUGAGAGGCCGUGUCGAACUGGCGCCGGACUGAGAGCCGGAGACGACGACCGGACUCGGUAACGGCCGCCUCUGUGGCGUUUUGUAACGUUUGUACCUCGGAGCAGCUGUCUUUCUGAGCUUCUUAGUUGAGUUUCGAGCAGUCGAAUGUGUCGAUGUAGUGGCAGCUCAUCAGCUUUUGACGCCAGCAGAUCGUCUGUACUGUGUACAACAGCGGCGCUCCAGCGCUGCCUAUUCUCUCUGUGCCUCUGUUUUCUGUUGCCAGCGCCUUUUUCUCACGCGCACAGAGCAGGAAGUGAUUUUGGAAUGUCUUUCUAGUGGAGUAGCUUUGGUGACGAGUGUCGUGUAAAUAUUGUUUGUGCGGGACAGGCGCCUCAGGCGGGACGAAGCUGUGGCCGAUUUUAUACUCAUGGGGUGCGGCGGCGAGUGGCGACUAUCCUCGCCAGCACAGCACUGCAGAGACGCACAGCGCGUGCGAUACCCGCCCGCCGCCGGCCGCACACUGACAGAUUGAUAUUUUAUACGGGCACCGGCCGGCCGACCCCGUUUUCCGGGGACUCCUUUUAUACAAGAGACUUUGGCUAGCUGCGGACAGCGCCAGCGAUUUGUGACAAUUUCUGAGACGGCUCUCGCCUGGCAUAACCGUGGAGAGGAUUGGUGCAAAGUGUUUGCAUUAUGGUCGACCUACCUCGCAGCCCGACUCGGGCUUACUUGCUUUGCUGUCAGUAUUUCUGAAGGGAGCUACCCCCAACUACAUAGUGUGGUAAGUGUGUAUCCCCCUUAUCGAACGGUGCAGUUCGCAUGAGUGUUUGAACUAUGUGUAACUUGCAUUGUAUGUGUGAACUUGUACUGAACGAUGUAGGCAUUGUGAAUGACACCUACGAAAAGCGGUGGGCUAGGUGCCCUCCAUGACAAUGAUAUGAACAAAUCGUACCCACAGUCUAAGAAGCUUAGUAAAAAGCAAUCGUUAAACGCAUUCGUAAUUUUGAGAAAUUGACUAGGCUUGCGAAUGUGUUGUGAAACCGAACGAAUAUUUGCAGUGCUAAUUGCAAACGGUCGAACCAGAAGCCUCCCAACACCUGCCACUAGGAGCAUAAGGCAAGCCAAUAUUUGAUUGCUCGGAAUAAGCCAACGAUUUCCGGAUGCGUGCCGACUCCUUCCUCUCUGCUACGAGAAUAUCAAUGCCACAUCUGCACUUCAUUUGCGUUCCUUUUCUACCAUAACAUUCGGAAUUCGUCUAACUCGUUUCAUUUCAAUAUUACCAUAUUUUCAAAUACGACAUAAGUUACCCACAUGUUUUACAUUGAGACGAUGACACGAACUAGUUAACUAGCAUAUCAAUUUGUAACGAAUUAAUUGAUCGUGAUAGAUAAUGACGCCCGUGGAUGGAUAAUCAACAAUAAUAAUAUUAAAAUGCCAAUGCUGUGUUGCAUGGCAUGGUUUAUGAUUUAUAUUGAAAGUCCAGUGAAUACCUGUAUUUAAUAUCGUAUACGUAAAAUGAUCUCGAUCAAUAGACCGCUCCAUGUUUGAAUAUCUAUUUGUAGGUAUGCUAAUUGGUCUCACGGCUAUGAAGAUGAAAACUUCGUUUCGCCCAUAAAAACAAAAUGUUUUGACAAGCUAACUAUACCUAUCCAGCCAUGCAGAUGUAUGCGAGAUACCUUUAUAUGUUAUGCUUACGACGAAGGCAACAAUGUACUUAAAUGACUGAACGCAUAGACAUGCAUCCGCUGUUUUGCCCAUUGGCUGAACGCUGUGCGUUUUACUUUAUUGCUACCGUGUGUGACCUGACUGCCGGUUAUGUUCAUUGAGUGCACCAAAUUGAAGAGGUGUCGCGAUGGUUUCGUCCAGGAUCGAAAGGGAUACAACCCAUAAAUCGGGCACAGAUUGAAGCCAACAUGACUGUGAGUGGACAUUAAAUACGUCAGCGCAAAAUGUGUCAUUUUCUAUUGGAUAUUUGUAAGAACAGGCUGUUGGUGUCUGAAUGUACUUGUACUCCCUGUUUGAAUACAUGAUGUCCUGUGUUCAAUUACA